GUGCGUGACCUGCUAAGCACCAAUACACACUUCCUACUGAGGACAAACAAUCCAAUAGUCAGCAUGAAUAAGCUGCUCUUUGUCUCUGUGCUUAUCACAGUCUUUGUCUUGGGUGCGGAGAGCUUCCGUGUACCCAGACAAGCUCCUGAGGAGGAGGAGCAAAACGGACCAGUUACCUAUCUACUUGACCAACUGAGGGGCUAUUAUGAUUACAGCCUGAAAGUUGCUGGCUCAGUUGUAGAAAGCAUCAAGGAGCUCAAGCUGGAAGAGAAAGCUAAGAAUGUGUAUUCAGAAACAACAGGAGCUGCACGCACCUAUUUAGGCAUCGCCCAGGAUCAGCUUUACCACAUGGUCUACCCGGACAGUGCUUAAUCCCUUAAUUCCUUUUUUUUUUUUUUAACUCCGGUCCUCAGUUAUGCAAAACUGGAACCCCGUAUCACAACCUGAAGCAGCUACAAGGAGCGCAACACUUCCAGUGGCAUAAAGCUAAAGAGUGUUUCUUUCUAGAUGUCAUUACACCGCACCAGUGCAUAACUCAAGGGUCACCUGAGUAAAGGUCAACAGCAUGGACUAAAUAUGCUGUAAUUACUAAGUUGCUAAAAAGUACAUUGUCUUAAACGUGGUGAUUCAUUCCUUGUGCAUUAGUAGCUCUCAGGUGCACUUCUGUCUAAAAAAAGACAAAGAAAAUAUUAAUUGUGGUGCAGGACCACAGAAGGUAUCUUGUCCUACCAGCUUCUUGUUUUGUUUACUGAUGUCAUGCCAAAAAAUGCAACAUAAAUUAUGCAACAAAACCAAACAUUUGUAGAAAGUCCAACAAAAGACUCAGUUUUUUACUGCUGAACAUAAUGAACAUUCUACACUUCUAUUAAAGUUUGAUAUAAAAGUACAGUAUGUAGUGAAUGAAACACAUAAAAGCAUUAAUCCAGUUGA